AUGAUUGAAAACCGAAGAAGCUCUAGAAUUCGAAAAUCGGUGGUUGAACUGCUGGGAGUGGAGUAAGUUUGAAUAAUUUGAAAAACUUUUUGAAAAAAAAAGAUGAAAUUUUAGCCCUUCGAAUUAUGCGCCAACAUGGAGAGCACUAAAAACACGAAGAAGAGCAUCAAGAACUCCAACAACAAGAACGAAACAAGGAGAGAAAUUGGAUGAUUUCGGAUAUGCAAUUCCGAAACAAGUUCAAAAACCAAUUCAGCAACGACCAUCGAUUGAUGUUUUGAUGUCAAUGAGUUUGGAUGAAUUGCAAAAUAGUAUUCCCACGGAAAAUUUCGAUUUUGAGCCAACUCUAUCGAAACUUCGUCAAGCUUUUGAAGAAGUAGAUCUUAGAGAUGACAAUUUUGAUUUCAUUGAACACGAGGAAAUCGCAUCGAAACAUCAUGUACUUCCAGAAUCUUCUGAUUAUUGUGAACAUCCGCUGACUUCAGAUAUUACUUCGAGAUCAUUGUAUAAAUAUAUUAUCGAGGAAGAUGUUGAAAGAUUUUUCGAAUAUGUCGGACGGUUUAUCAAAGAUCAUCAAGAGUUAUAUUGUCGUGGACAAUGUUUUUAUGCGAUUUUUGAAUCGGAUUGGAUGAGUGAGAGAUUUAAAUUGAAUCCACUUCAUAUUGCGGCAGCUAUGAAUAAACCAAAGGUUCAUCAUUUUUUUUGUUAAAAAAUUUGCAAAUCUAAAUUUCUAAUAUGAGUUAUGACGUGGCAAGCUUUAAAAAUGAUUUUUUUAGGAGAAUCUGAAAUCCCGAAAAAACAUGCUUUUUAACAUUGAAAAAUCAAUUCACGUCGAGUUUUUCAGCCAAAAAUGAUGACAAAUCGAGAUAUUUUAAGCUUCUGGAGUAAUUUCUGAUGAAAAAAUCGAUAAAAUGAGGUGAAAUAGGGUUUUCGACGCUUAUUUUCAUUAGAAAUCACACCAGAAGCGUUAAAAAUCUCGAUUUGUCGUGAAAUUUGGAUUUUUCAGUUUGAAAAUCUUGAAAUUUUGAGCUAAAAAUUCGAAAAUUGGACAAAAUCUUGAAAUUUUGAACUGAAAUCAUGAAUUUUGAUGAAAUAUGAGCAAAACCCUUGAUUUUUCAUUUGAAAAAUUGAAUUUUCAAAAUGCCACGUCAUAGUUCACGUAAAAUUUGGAUUUUUCAGUUGGGAAAUUUGGAAAUUUUGAGCUGAAAAUUUGAAAAUUGGAGAAAAUCUUGAAAUUUUGAGCUGAAAUUCAUGAAUUUUUAUGAAAUAUGAGUAAAACCCUUGAUUUUUCAUUGGAAAAUUGAAUUUUCAAAAUGCCACGUCAUAGUUCACGUAAAAUUUGGAUUUUUCAGUUGGGAAAUUUGGAAAUUUUGAGCUGAAAAUUUGAAAAUUUGAGAAAAUCUUGAAAUUUUGAGCUGAAAUUCAUGAAUUUUUAUGAAAUAUGAGUAAAACCCUUGAUUUUUCAUUGGAAAAUUGAAUUUUCAAAAUGCCACGUCAUAGUUCACGUAAAAUUUGGAUUUUUCAGUUGGGAAAUUUGGAAAUUUUGAGCUGAAAAUUUGAAAAUUUGAGAAAAUCUUGAAAUUUUGAGCUGAAAUUCAUGAAUUUUUAUGAAAUAUGAGUAAAACCCUUGAUUUUUCAUUGGAAAAAUUAAUUUUCAAAAUGCCACGUUAUAGUUCACGUGAAAUUUGGAUUUUUCAGUUUGAAAUCUGGAAAUUUCGAGCUGAAAAUCUGUAAAGAUCAAUUUUUAGCUGGAAAAAUAUGUUUUUUUAUUAAAAAAUAUUAUUUUUUCAGUUCAUCAAAAGUGUUGUUAACAAUUCCACGCACUGGUUCAAGCAUAGCGAACACUAUGUCCAUUUUUGUGAAAUUGUUCGAGGUUGGCUAUUCGACGCAAACACCUACGAACGUUCGAUUCCGGCUGAAAUCGCAGCUGAAUUGGGCCAUGCCGAAUGCGUGAGAUUAUUGAUUUCUGAAGAGGUUAUCGAAUUUUUGGCGCGGAAAAAGGGAGCUGUGGAGAGAAGAACUUAUAAUGCUUAUGCACAUGGUGGAGCGGUGGGUUUUUGAGAUAUUUUUGGUACUUUUUGACCCGCUGAUCACUAUCCUGAUGUCAAAAAUUUCAAAACUCUACUCCUAACAUGAGUUAUGACGUGGCAAAGUUCAAAAAUUGCGAAUUUAGAAGGUCAAAACUCGCUUUAAAAAAAAAUGAUUUUCAUGAAAAUAUUGUUCAGGAGGCUCGAAUUUUCAGCUAAAAAUGCUCAUUUUCCAGCAAAAAUUUAUAUUUUCAGAUUUUAAACUAAAAAAUCCAAAUUUCACGUUUUCACGUUAACUAUGACGUGGCAUUUUGAAAAUUCAAUUUUCCAAAGAAAAAUCAAGAGUGUUGCUCAUAUUUCAUCAAAAUUCAUGAAUUUCAGCUCAAAAUUUUCAGAUUUUCAAACUGAAAAAUCCAAAUUUCACGUUUUCACGUCAACUAUGACGUGGCACUCUGAAAAUUAACUUUUCCAAUGAAAAAUCAAGAGUGUUGCUCAUAUUUCAUCAAAAUUCAUGAAUUUCAGCUGAAAAUUUCAAGAUUUUCUCCAAUUUUCAAAUUUUCAGCUCAAAAUUUCCAGAUUUUCAAACUGAAAAAUACAAAUUUCACGUUUUCACGUGAACUAUGACGUGGCAUUUUGAAAAUUCAAUUUUUCCAAUGAAAAAUCAAGAGUGUUGCUCAUAUUUCAUCAAAAUUCAUGAAUUUCAGCUCAAAAUUUUCAGAUUUUCAAACUGAAAAAUCCAAAUUUCACGUUUUCACGUCAACUAUGACGUGGCACUCUGAAAAUUAACUUUUCCAAUGAAAAAUCAAGAGUGUUGCUCAUAUUUCAUCAAAAUUCAUGAAUUUCAGCUGAAAAUUUCAAGAUUUUCUCCAAUUUUCAAAUUUUCAGCUCAAAAUUUCCAGAUUUUCAAACUGAAAAAUACAAAUUUCACGUUUUCACGUGAACUAUGACGCGGCAUUUUGAAAAUUCAAUUUUUCCAAUGUAAAAUCAAGGGUUUUGCUCAUUUUUCAGUUUCAAAAAUGUUUGAAACAGUGAAUAUUUUUUUGUUUAAUUUUUUUUUUCAAGUUCAAAAUUUUUACUGUUUCAAAAGAGCUAUGACGUGGCGUUUGGAAACUUUUUCAAAAAAUAAUAAUUUUAGGUUCUGAAUUUGAUAUGACCAAAAGUAAUUUAAUAUUUUGAAACAGUAAAAAUUUUGAAGUUGAAAAAAAAAUUUAACCAAAAAUGAGCAAAACCCUUGAUUUUUCAUUGGAAAGGUUAAUUUUCAAAAAAUUUUGAGCUGAAAAUUUGAAAAUUGGAGAAAAUCUUGAAAUUUUGAGCUGAAAUUCAUGAAUUUUGAUGAAAUAUGAGCAAAACCCUUGAUUUUUCAUUGGAAAAAUUGGAUUUUCAAAAUGCCACGUCAUAGUUCACGUGAAAUUUGGAUUUUUCAGUUGGGAAAUCUGGAAAUUUUUUUAGGCUGAAAAUCUGCAAAUAUCAAUUUUUACUGGAAAAUGAGCAUUUUUAGCUGAAAAUUUGAGCCAGAUUUUCAUGAAAAUCAUUUUUUAAAAGCGAAUUUUGACCUCCUAAACUUUGCCACGUCAUAACUCAGUUGAGCUUUGCGAUUUCAAACAACGGAAUCGUGAAAACUACUGUCUAGUUGAGCUAUGACGUGGCAAAAAUGUGAUUCCAGGAUAGAUUCCUCUGCAAAUUGGCCUACAACAAUCAAAUCAAUAUACUGAGCAAUGAGGAAUUGUUGAAACUUGUUCAAAAUUACACGGACAGUCAUCUGAGAUUGGCGAUUUGUGAUGCAAUGUGUUCGGGAAGUCUCGAUUCAGCCAAACGCAUUUAUUAUUCUUCAGGAAAGGAGCAUCUUUUAUCAAAUGAAAUUGCUCCAAUCAGAUUGCCUGGCCGACAAUUUCAGGGAAAAUAUAAAAUUGUGAAUCAGGAGGUUCGAUGGACACCGGUACAAUUUGCGUUGACGAGCGGUUAUCCGGAAAUUUUGACUGGGAUUCCGCAAUGUUUAAGAUUUCCGAAAGAUUGUUUUGGAUAUACGCCAUUGGUGCAAUGUGUGGAUUUAGAUGAUGUGGGUAUUUCCGGGGAAAUUCUGAGAAUUUUGAGCCCGAAAAUAAUCAAAUUUGAGCUGAAAAUGCUCCAAAUUCUACAAGGAAUCUGAAUUUCCCAAAUUCUCCAGAAAAUUCGGAGCAUUUUGAGCCCAAAAAUGAUCAAGUUUAGGCUCGAAAUGCUCCAAAUUCUACAAGGAAUCUGAAUUUCUCAAAUUCUUUGGGAAAUUUGGAGCAUUUUGAGCCCAAAAAUAAUCAAGUUUGAGCUGAAAAUGCUCCAAAUUCUACAAGGAAUCUGAAUUAUUCGAAUUCUUUGAGAAAUUUGGAGCAUUUUGAGCCCAAACAUGAUCAAGUUUGAGCUUGAAAUGCUCCAAAUUCUACAAGGAAUCUGAAAUUUUCAAAUUCCUCGUGAAAUUUGGAGCAUUUUGAGCCCAAACAUGAUCAAAUUUGAGCUGAAAAUGCUCCAAAUUCUACAAGGAAUCUGAAUUUCUCAAAUUCUUCGGGAAAUUCGGAGCAUUUUGAGCCCAAACAUGAUCAAAUUUGAGCUCAAAAUGCUCCAAAUUCACCAAGGAAUCUGAAUUUCUCAAAUUUCUCGGGAAAUUUGGAGCAUUUUCAGCCCAAACUUGAUUAUGUUUGGGCUCAAAAUGCUCUGAAUUCUGCAAGAAAUCUGAAUUUCUCGAAUUCUUCAGAAAAUUUGGAGCAUUUUGAGCCAAAAAUUGUGACUUUGGUGAAUCGUCCCUCCUAAACAUCACCCUGUAUUCAGUUUUUGAUAGAAUCUUCUCUAACAUGAGUUAUAGGCUCCCAAAACCACGAGAUUUUCAGAAAAUCCCCAUUUUUGUGCUCUUCAUAGAGUGAAAAACUGUACGAAAACAUAUAUUGAAAAUCUCCGGGGAUUUUGGGCUCAAAAUGCUCCAAAUUACCUGAAGAAUUUGAAAAAACUCACACCAAAAUCCUGAUUUUCGGCUCAUUUUUGUGCUCUUCAGAAAGUCAGAGAGAGUUUUUUCCAGAAAAACCUGAAUUAUGCGAUUUCACUUUACCGAAGAAACGCGGAUCGCGAAGAUUUGCUGGUUUUCAUCUAUCAACUUCUCCUCAAAAAUCGCAUGUAAGUUUUUUUUUGAGUUCAAACUCAAAAAAAAAAACAUUUUUUUCAACAAAAAUCCGUUUUCAGCAAUUUCUUCUUGCUCGAAUUCGAAUUCUUUUUGACGAAUUUCGAUUUUUUCACGCAUCGACCGAAAUUUGAUGAGAAAUGUAUGGGGUUUUGGUUUUUUCCUGAUAAAAAAUUCAGAAUUUUUUUGCAGAUAACCUGCCGGAGCACGCAGUUUUGCCGCUGAGCAGCGCAUUGGUGCUCAAUGUCGAGAUGUGGGUGAUGGAGAGAAUUCGAGGAAUUUAUAGGCAAUUCCGGAAUGCGGUGAGUGUUUUUCAUGAAGAAUUUGAAGAAAUUAAUUGAUUGCUCAUAUUAGCUUUAAAUUAUUAUUUUCAGCAUAAUCAAGGAAUGUUGGAUGAAGAUGUGAUUCGAUGUUAUAAAUACAUGCAACAUUAUCAAUUCAAAUUUUCGGAUCAAAUUCGAUUGGCUGUGUAUUUACUCUUGGCUCCAUUGACAAUUGGACUUGCUUAUAGAAAUGUGGGGUUUUUCUCUCUUUUUUGGGCUCAAUUUGGAGCAUUUUGAGCCCAAACUUGCUCAUUUUUGGCCUCUAAAUGCUCCGAAUUUUCUGAAGAAUUUUAGAAAUUCAGAUUUAUUAUAGGAUUUGGAGCAUUUUGAGCCCAAACUUGAUUAUUUUUGGGCUCAAAAUGCUCCAAAUUUCCCAAGGAAUUUGAAAAAUUCAGAUUCCUUGUAAAAUUUGGAGCAUUUUCAGCUCAAACUUGAUUAUUUUUGGGCUCAAAAUGCUCCAAAUUUCCCAAGGAAUUUGAAAAAUUCAGAUUCUUUUUAGAAUUUGGAGCAUUUUGAGCUCAAACAUAAUUAUUUUUGGGCUCAAAAUGCUCCAAAUUUCCCAAAGAAUUUGAGAAUUUCAGAUUCCUUGUAGGAUUUGGAGCAUUUUCAGCUCAAAAUUGAUUAUUUUUGAGCUCAAAAUGCUCCAAAUUUCCCAGAAAAAAAUUAAAUUUUCAGCCAAAAUGGGAAGAAAUCAUGGCCUUAAACAGCAAAAAUUUCGGAUUUGAUCCAGUUUAUAUUUAUUGGAUCGAUAAUUUGCAAAAAGUGAAAACGCCGACAAAUUACACGUGGCAAAACGCGCUCGAUGAAGCUGGAACAAUUGUUGACACGUGGCAAGAUGCGACGAAAGAAUUGGUGCAAAAUGUGACGAGUCUGAAAUUGGCGAAAAGUUCGCAACGAGAUCUCAAACAAUCAUUGGAAACUUGUAAUAAUUCUCAAAUUUCGGGUACAAAACGGGGAAUUUUGAAAAAGUUUUAA